CAGCAGCGGCAGGAAAUCGGGGCUGGGCCCCGCCAGCGCGCGACCUUUUCCCCGUCCCGUUCCCUGCCGAGCGAUACCCUGUCCUAGCCAUGGAUGCAGCAGAGCCGGGUAGGGGUUCUGGGAUUCGGGAGGGACCUCACUGUCCCUUACUUCCUAAAUUGAGGGGCCACUCCUGUCCCUCUCCAUCUGGAGAUCUGGGAAAGGAAUUACUGAAUGGGAAAGAUGCAAGGAUCUCCCAUUGUGGGGACCCUCAUGCCUGGAGGGGCCUGGGACACCAUCCCCUAGCCCCCAACCCCUUUCCUAUCCCUUACCCCGUCGCCUGGGGGAGGGGGCCCAGGAAGGGGAAGUGGCCGCUUCUGCUUCUGAUUUUUGUGAUGGGGGCAGGGUGUCACGACCGCUGAAAGAGAGGGCAAAGCAGUAGGAUCCCUACAGGGCUCCUCCAUAGCCCCAGGAAACAGGCAAUGCUGAUCUGGGGCCCCUGGAAGAGGGGCGGGGGCAGCGGCAGAAAUGUGGCAAGAUUCGGCUUGUGUUUCCGGCUGUCUUUGUGUCUCCCUAGUAUAUGUUGACUGUCAUUCUGUGUUUAUGCCCCUGGUGGUUUCAGUCUCUCCAGUGUGUUUCUGCCUCAGGCUCUGUUCCUUUCAGUCCCAUAUCUGUUUGGCCUGGGGUCCAUAUGAUUCCAUUGUCAAGCUCACUCUUUUUCCUGGGACAGUAAAGCUGCAUCUGGGGCAUCUGUUUUGUUGCUUUGCUCUGAGUCCAUGUAGACCUCUGAGCAGCUGUCUCUGGUGGUGUCUAAGUCCAUCUGCCUGCCCAGAGUUGGCCCCACCCAAGCCCACUCUCCCUCUAUCCCACACAUUCCUCAGGGGGUCAAGACAUUCACUCUCUCUUUUUAUCUCCCCUCUGCCCCCAAUGAGACUGGUUGUGGUACCAUGGGUAGAGGGAGGCAGUGGUUGGCCCAUGUAUUAUGCUCCCUUUCCACAUGUUUUCCCUCAGCUCCUGAGGGCAGGAAGAGGUAUAGUGACAUCUUCCAGAGCCUGGACAACCUUGAAAUCUCACUGGGGAACGUGACCCUUGAGAUGCUGGCUGGAGACCCUGUGCUCUCAGGAGACCCAGAACCUAACAAAGCUCCCCCAGCCAUUGUGACCAAUGAAGCCAGCUGUUGGAGUGGCCCCUCUUCAGAGGGUCCUGCACCCCUAACAGGGGAGGAACUGGACUUGCGACUCAUUCGGACCAAGGGGGGUGUGGAUGCAGCCCUGGACUAUGCCAAGACCUGGACCCGCUAUGCCAAGGAGCUGCUGGCCUGGACAGAGAAGAGAGCCAGCUAUGAGCUGGAGUUUGCUAAAAGCAUCAUGAAGAUCGCUGAAGCUGGCAAAGUGUCCAUACAGCAGCAGAGCCACAUGCCACUGCAAUACAUCUAUACCCUGUUUCUGGAGCAUGACCUCAGCCUGGGCGCCCUGGCCAUGGAGACAGUGGCCCAGCAGAAAAGAGACUACUGCCAGCCCCUGGCUGCCAAACGGACUGAGAUUGAGAAGUGGCGGAAGGAGUUCAAGGAGCAAUGGGUGAAAGAACAGAAGCGGAUGAAUGAGGCAGUGCAGGCGCUGCGGCGGGCCCAGCUCCAGUAUGUGCAGCGCAGCGAGGACCUGCGGGCUCGCUCGCAUGGGUCGCCUGAAGAUACAGCCCCCCAGGCGUCGCCUGGACCUAGCAAGCAGCAGGAGCGGCGGCGGCGCUCACGAGAGGAGGCUCAGGCCAAGGCGCAUGAGGCAGAGGCUCUAUACCAGGCCUGCGUCCGUGAGGCCAACGCGCGGCAGCAAGACCUGGAGACCACCAAACAGCGGAUUGUAUCCCAUGUACGCAAGCUGGUGUUGCAGGGGGACGAAGUGCUGAGACGGGUGACCCUGGGCCUGUUCGGACUGCUCGGGGCGCAGGCCGAGCGUGGCCCCCGUGCCUUCGCUGCCCUGGCCGAGUGCUGCGCGCCCUUCGAGCCUGGCCAGCGCUACCAGGAGUUCGUGCGGGCAAAGCAACCUGAAGCCCCGCCGCCCCCACCGCCCGCCUUCUCCUUCCAGGAAUUCGUUUCCUCCAUGCACAGCUCCCCUCUGGACAUUAGGAAAAAGCUCUCAGGACCCCUACCUCCAAGGCUGGAUGAGAGUUUGACUGAGCCAGGCACUUGGGAGGACUCAGGCACAAGCUGGCAGGGGACUCCAGGCCCCACUCCAGGCAGUGAUGUGGACAGUGUGGGCGGUGGCAGUGAGUCUCGGUCCAUGGACUCUCCUACUUCUAGCCCAGGCCCUGACACACGGCGGCUGGUAAAAGUUUCAUCGAUAGGCACCGAGUCCUCAGAUGACUUUGAGGAGCGAGACCCUGACCUAGGAGACGGGCUAGAGAAUGGGCUGGGCAGCCCCUUCAGGAAGUGGACACUGUCCAGUGCAGCUCAGACACACCGGCUGCGGCGGCUGCGAGGCCCAGCCAAGUGCCGUGAGUGUGAAGCCUUCAUGGUCAGCGGAACCGAGUGUGAGGAGUGCUUUCUGACCUGCCACAAGCGCUGCCUUGAGACUCUGCUGAUCCUCUGCGGACACAAACGACUUCCCACACGGACACCCCUCUUUGGGGUUGACUUCCUGCAACUGCCCAGGGACUUCCCGGAAGAAGUUCCCUUUGUGGUCACCAGGUGCACAGCUGAGAUAGAACACCGCGCCCUGGGUGUGCAGGGCAUUUACCGGGUCAGUGGUUCCCGGGUUCGAGUGGAGCGGCUGUGCCAGGCUUUUGAGAAUGGCCGUGCAUUGGUGGAGUUGUCAGGAAACUCACCUCAUGAUGUCUCGAGUGUCCUCAAGCGAUUUCUCCAGGAGCUCACCGACCCCGUGAUACCCUUCCACCUCUACGACGCCUUCAUCUCACUGGCUAAGACCUUGCAUGCAGACCCUGGGGACAACCCUGGGAACCCCAGCCCCAGCCCUGAGGUUAUCUGCUCACUGAAGACCCUCUUGGUACAGCUGCCUGACUCUAACUACAACACUCUGCGCCAUCUGGUGGCCCAUCUGUUCAGGGUGGCUGCACGGUUUGAGGAAAACAAGAUGUCUGCCAACAAUUUGGGCAUUGUAUUUGGACCAACACUGUUGCGGCCACCAGAUGGUCCAUGGGCAGCUGGCUCCAUUCCUGUCACCUGCCUGCUGGACUCAGGACACCAGGCCCAGCUUGUCGAGUUCCUCAUUGUGCACUAUGAGCAGAUCUUUGGGAUGGAUGAGCUCCCCCUGGCCACUGAGCCUCUGUACCAAGAUUCCAGCUCAGCUCCUGGACCCCUCACAACCAGCCCUGAGCUGCUACUGCCACACCUUGGCCCAGACCUCAAGUCCCCAGCCCUAGCCUUGGACCCUGACCCAGACCCCAAUCUCCAGAGUGCCCUGGAGAAGCAUCCCAUCGCCAUGCCCCCAGAGAUUCCAACUGUACAGAGUAACCAGAGAGAGGAAGAGCCCGAAGACACCAAAGAUGAUGGGGAAGCAUCCAGUCAAGGCCCUGAGGACUUACUCCUGGGAACACAGUCUCGUGGCCACUUCAGUCGCCAGCCAGUGAAGUAUCCCCGAGGGGGUGUGCGGCCUGUCACCCACCAGCUGUCCAGCUUGGCCCUGGUGGCUUCCAAGCUGUGUGAAGAGACCCCAGUCACAUCAGUGCCCAGAGGAAGUUUGCGAGGGCGGGGACCUGGUGCUGCUGCCACCUCCCAUGAGGGCAGCCCCCUGCGCCGUGCCCCACUGCCUAAGCAUUUUGAGAUCACCCAGGAGACAGCCCGGCUACUCUCUAAACUGGACAGUGAGGCUGUGCCCAGGGCCACCUGCUUCCCAGACCCCCAGCCUGAGGAAGCUGAGGAGCAUCUCUGACCACCUUUACUAAUGGAGGAGCCCAGGACUAAGAAAAUGGACCCAUGUCUCCCGACCUCCCCUCACUUGGUAGCCAAACAUUGGGCCAGGAGUUCAAUGUUGGGGGUAGGGGCGACCACAGAAUUUCUGUAAGGAAAGACUACAUGGCUUGGGAGGAGGCCUAAAACCCUUGUGGAGGCAAGGUCCCAGGAUUCCACCACCAGACACAGGUCACUGCCAAGCAUCAGCCAUUCAGGCUCAGAGGUCAUUCAGGGUCAAUACUCAGGGUGAAUACAGACAGGAUAUGAGAUCCUUAUAGUCUUUACUGGACAGGGGUGCCUUUGGUACUUUAGUUGUGGUCACUUCCUCAUCCCUGCCUGCCUCCAUCAUUGCCUCCAAGUGACCUGUUCCCAGAGGAGGUGGGCAGUUCAGACUCCAAGUCCCGGCGGUCCUUGAGGUCUGAGGUUUGACGGCUUCUAAAUAAACCGUGUCC